AUGAGUUUCUUAUGGGAUUGGUUCACAAGUAUUUUAUCAACUCUCGGUUUACAUAAGAAAAGUGGUAAACUCGUCUUUCUCGGUCUUGAUAAUGCUGGCAAGACAACUUUGUUGCAUAUGCUUAAAGAUGAUCGACUUGCACAACAUGUACCUACAUUACAUCCAACUUCGGAAGAAUUAGUUAUGGGAAAUAUGAAAUUUACAACAUUUGAUUUAGGUGGUCAUGCUCAGGCUCGUCGUGUAUGGAAAGAUUAUUUUCCGGCUGUUGAUUCAAUUGUUUUUCUUGUUGAUGCAGUUGAUCGAGGUCGUUUUGCUGAAACGAAAGCUGAACUUGAUAGUUUAUUAACAGAUGAACAAGUAGCUAAUGCACCUAUUGUUGUCCUUGGAAAUAAAAUUGAUUUACCGGGUGCUGUCAGUGAACAAGAACUUCGUUAUGUACUUGGUAUUUCAACAGCGACAACCGGAAAAGGCAAUGUUGCACGUUCGGAUAUUGCUGGUCGUCCAAUGGAAUUAUUUAUGUGCAGUGUACUAAGACGUGAAGGUUAUGGAGAAGCCUUCCGAUGGCUAUCACAAUAUCUUUAUGGAUGUGAUAUAUGGAAAGCAGCUGAAUGUCCACCGGGACCAUCGAUAGAUGAUGAAGAUUUAAUGAAAUCACAUUUAUAUACUGAAGAACAAUUACUUGCAUAUUGUGAUUCAGGUAAAACAUAUGCAAAUUGUAUCAAUGAACAUUUACUUUGUUGUGAUAUGCGUACGGAAUAUUCAGCUGCAUUAGCAUCAAUUGAUGUUCAACUUAAACGUAAUGCAUUACGUGUUGGAAGAUAUUGUGCUGAUAUUAAUGAAACAAAUCCAAUACAAUAUAAAUGUCGAACAACAAUAAAAACAUUACCAGGUAAAAGAUAUCGUUCCACAACUACAGCAACACCUGUGUGUAAUUUGGAAAAAGCUGGAACACAAUGUAGUCCAAUAAUUGAAAAUCGUGUUCGAUUUGAUCGUCGAUGGUCGGCACAAGAAAAAGCGAAGUGGUGUAAAGAUACAUAUGAAUAUCAUAUAUGUGCAUCAACAUAUAUAACAAAUUGUACAUUCACAUCUGUUGCAGCUGAUUUUGCUCAAUUAACAGUUUUUCUUGAUUAUAUUGAAAAAUCUGCUAAUCGUGAAUGUCCAGGUGGUCUAUACGGUUGUACAGAUAAAUCUGAUAAUGAUACUCGUUGUCAAGAUCGAACAUCGUUCUUCAAUAAUCAAAAUUUAAAUACUCCUUGUUAUUCACGAAUAAUCAAACGAAGUACAAGUGAAUAUUCAAGAUAUCGAGAUUCGCAUUCUUCACGAGUAAGAUCAACAAGUCAAGUUGAUACAUGUUUGAAAUUACAUUCGAAAUGUCGAACAUUAACUUAUGAUAAUGAAGCUCAACGUUCUCAAAUUCCUGAUGAUAAAGUUUCUUGGAAUGUUGAUUUUCCUGAUUAUAAACCUGUUGAAUAUACUACAAGUAAAAUUCUUCGUAAUCCAAAAGCUGAUUCAUCCGAUCCAUCGAAAAUAACUAAAUUCAAUCAACUUGAUAAUAAAAUUGAUCGACGAAGUUUUACUGGUCAAUAUCUUAUUGAUCCAAUUACUCAUCGACCAAGAAAUCCCGUUGGAAGAACAGGAAUGACUGGUCGUGGUCGUCUAUAUCAUUGGGGUCCUAAUCAUGCUGGUGAUCCAGUUGUUACUCGUUGGAAACGUGAUGAAAAUGGUUCAGUAAUACGUCGACAAAUAAAUGAACAAGGUCGUUUGAAACCUGUUCUUGAAUUUGUUGCUAUUCGACGACAUGAUUGUAAACAAUGGGCUUUACCAGGAGGUAUGGUUGAUCCAGGUGAACAUAUCUCCGAAACAGUCAGACGUGAAUUUCAGGAAGAAGCAUUACGUGAUGGUCUUGAUGAAAAUUUAAUAAAACGUUUAUUUUCAAAUGGACAUAAAUUAUAUGAAUCAUAUGUUGAUGAUCCUCGAAAUACGGAUAAUGCUUGGAUGGAAACAGUAGCUAUGCAUUUUCAUGAUGAAACAGGUCAAUUAACCAGUCAUAUUGAUUUAGAUGCUGGUGAUGAUGCUGAUAAAGUUCAAUGGUGUCCUAUCGAUCGAACACUUGAAUUAUAUGCAUGUCAUAAAGAAUUUCUUAAAGCAGCUGUCGAUAGACUCGAUGCAUAUUGGUGA